AUGCCUCUGUUUGCAUUGAAAUCCUCGCUGUUGUGUGUGCUGAUGGUUGGUGCGGUGUAUAGCUGCAUGCUGAAGAAUUACACUUUAUGGAUUGAGAAGCAAGACUGCACCCAGUGCGUGGCCAUCAACACUACCAUCUGCAGUGGCUACUGUUACACGCAGGACACUAAUUUGAGGGGACGAUUUGGGAGAACUUUCUUGAUCCAGCGCAGCUGUGUUCCUCUUUCCUUGGUGUACCGGGCUGCUCAUAUUCCUGGUUGUCCCAAGGAUGUCAACCCACAGCUGUAUUAUCCCGCAGCCCACUGCUGCAGCUGUAGGCGCUGCGACACACGCACACACCGUUGCGUCCGGACCAGCCGUGUCCCUUAUGAUCAGUGCUUCACGACACUUGACGGUGUGAGGAACCAGAACCAGUCUGCUGUGGAAAUCUCACAAUAUUCCAAUACGAGCAGCAGCGCGCUUGCACGGAAGUGA